AUGGGCGCCCCUCUGUCGUCUCGCAUGUUCGUUCCAAUAAAACCGCUCUAUUCGUCGGUGUCAGAUCGUUUAUCUCCUCGAUCUGACAUGAGACCAAAGACUUUACUUCAAAAGUUCUGUAGCUGGAAAUCCACGAUGGCAAGACCAGAGGAGCAGAGACCGCGAUGGACCGAAGAAGAAGACCAUAAGCUCAUUGAAUGUAAAAGCAGAAAUCCCCAUCUAUCUUGGCCAAAUAUCGCAAUGCUGGCAGGGCUGGAGAGGAGUGGCAAGAGUUGCAGGGAGAGGUGGAAUAACAGUCUGACGGAAGACAAUACCAUCACCCGCCUGCAUCGGCUUUAUGGGAAUAGGGCCAACCGCUGGAACAACCAUGUGAAGAAGCUUGGGAUAAGUACUCAUCAGAAUAUUCCCGACCACAAUGCUCUUUCAUCUGAACCAGAACAUUUCAAACGCAAGCUCCAUUCCUACACCCAUUUCAGCCUCACAAGAACUCGUCCACCCUUGCUUCAGAAGCCUAGCUACCUAGAAUUUCUUAGGGAUGAUGAGAUUAUCGAUCACUCUGUCGAGGGAGAUGAGCUUGAGUCUUUGAUUGCCGAGUUUGGUUCUUUGAUUCCCGACGUUAAUCCAAAUGAGACCAAUUUCGGGGGGAGAUUACUUUGA